AUGUCUCAGUGGACAGAAGAUGAGUUAAUUCAAAGAGUUCGUAAAAGUAGCUUUUUCUCGCUACAACUAGAUGAAUCUACCGAUGUUCAAGGUUUAUGCCAUCUGCUUGUAUUCAUACGUUAUAUAUGGAACAAUGGACCUCAUGAAGAUAUGCUGUUUUGUGAACCAAUUAUUCGAGGUACUAGCGAAGAAAUCUUCAACACCCUUGAUUCUUAUGUCAAUAAAAAAGGUCUUGAUUGGGUGAAAUGUGUCGGAUUAUGCACGGACGGUGCUAGAGCUAUGUGUGGUAAAAAUAGUAGUGUUGUAACUCGAAUGCUUGAAGUUAGUCCGAAUGCAUUGUGGACUCACUGCAAUAUACACAGAGAAGUUUUAGUAUCAAAACACAAUAUGCCGGAUAACUUAAAAAACGUUUGA